UUCUGAAAGAAUUGUCGCCAUUUUGAUGCUGUUCGUUUAACGCUUUUCGUGAGCAGCCAAUUUUGUCUGAUAAGUAAGAAUUUUGAUCAAGUUUUUUGUCGGAAAUUAUCCUGUUUCGACGAUCGUAUUCAAGUGACGGCUACUGUGAAGUUAAAUUUGCAUUAUUUCAUAUUUGAGAUCUUGAAUUUAGAAGUAUUUUCUAUUGUAUCUCCUAAGUUGUGUUAAGCCUACUUUUCUAUUCUGCAGAAACUGUUCCUAGUAGCUGUUUUUUGAAGUAGGUCGUUUCGAUUUAAUCAUAAAAGUAGAAUAAGUCAGUGAAUUUUAUUAGAUCAAAGUUCUUGACUUUUGAUUUGAAAACUUUUUAACUUUUGUUUUGUAUUAUCAUCAAUGCGCAAGGAAUCUGCGAUGUGCAAAACAAAAAUGCAAACCGAUGAAUUGCUGGAUAUGAUUUUCAGCAUAAAUCAGAAACAGCUGAAAAGUCGGGGAAACCUUCGAGUGGAAGUGCUCCUGAAAACUACUCAUGAACUUCUGGACAAAGAAUUGAAAGAGAAACAACAAAGCCGGAAAAGAAAAUGGGAAGAACUGAAAACUGGCUUCACCAAAAAGGCGAAGAUCGAUAACGACGUUGAAAUGGUGGACGAAGAAAUUUUGGGUCUGAGUGAUUUUUAUAGCAAUUUAAAAGCAGUAUCAUUUUCAUCUGAUGAAAAUGUAUAGUAUAAUUUAUAUUUCAUACAGUAUAUUUUCAGUUAUCUGUAUAUAUGGACAUUUGUAAAUAUUCACUAUUUUGUAAAGGGUUGAUAAUCCCUGAAUUGAAUUUUUACGUAUUUAUUUAUAUUUUUCUUGCAGCAGACCUGUACAAAUUUUAUUUUAUCUGUGAUAAAUCAUUGGGCCGAUACAGAGCUGUUUCAUACGGAAGACAGAGCAUCGGUAAAUCUGCUGCUUCAUUUGUCAUAUUUGUAAAUAAAUUACUUUUAACUUA